AUGACCCUUUUCCAUCACAACCAACAUGACGCUGGUGCGACGAACGCUUCUGUCUCGCCUCUGGCGCUGAACACCGCCACCGCGGCGUCUGGUAAGAAGCGUAUGUCGUUGUUCUCGUUUGGUCUGUCCUCCCACUCCGCCUCUUCUUCUCCAAAGGGUUCUGCUCCUCCCCCACUUUCCACUUCGCCAAACACAAAGUUUACCCAGCAGAAGAACCUGGUAUCGAGUCCCUCUGCAUCACCAGUUGUCGCCAUGCCUCCCAGAAACAGCCAACUCAACUCGCCCGUGUGUUCGCCAGUGUUGGAGACUGAAUCUCUUUGUGAUAAGCCAGAGUCUAACAUUUUCGAGCGUUCUGUUCAAGAAUUCUCUGAAGUUAAACAAGAGGAUUGUAUUCCGCCUGCUUUGGAUGCCACUGCCCAGAUUUUGGGUGACAAGGACACUAAUUUGGACGAUGUGGAGAUGGUGUAUUCCUCCAGACGUAACUCGUCCGUGAUCGGCUUAAACAUGGCUUUGGGUAGACCCUACACUCCACUGCGUAAGAACAGUAUCUACUCCAUGAGUCAAAUGCACCCAGCCAAUGGCAAUGCGGCCUCCAUGUCCUCGUUGUCGCACCAGCCACAGUCCCCCAUUUCUCCUCCCAAGUUAAGCAGCUCCAGGUCUUCGGUUUCGUUCUAUUCAUACGCCGACAUGAUCAACAACGACGAAUUUUCCCGCAGACCAUCCGUCAUGCACUCGUACAGUCACGGUGUGGUACCCACCAUUGGUCGUAAGAUGAGUGUGACCUCCAACCACUCCACCGCCUCCAACGGAAACUCAGGAUUGAACGGUAACUCUAAUUCUAGUGCACUUCAUUUCAACAAGUUGUCUAGAAAGAUGACACUGAACUCUAUUACCUCAGGAAAUUCCCAGUCGCAGUUGUCAAAGCAGUUGGGCAAGGAGCGUGUUAAUUCAGUUGGUGUGCCACAGAGAACCCCAUCGAAGGUGGGUGAGAGAGAGAGCAGAAACUUGAACAAAUUCCUCAUCAGUCCAGAGUCUUCUGACUCUGAGGACCAAGAAGUGUACUAUCCUGCCACCUCUAACUCUUCCAUUUCAAAGAGAAAGUCGUUCUCCUCUGUCCACUCGAACGUCGAUAGCGAGAGUUUGAUCUCAACCUCGGUUGGUGACUGCAUUAGACAAUGCAGCACUGAGAUCAGUGGACAUUAA